AUGGAGCCAUCGAGUUCGUCAUCCAGGCCAUAUUUACCGUACGACAGUAUCUUGGAAAUCUUGUCUAGACUGCCUGUGAAGACCCUGGUUCGAUUUUGUUGCGUAUGUAAGCUCUGGCGAAAACUCAUCACCUCUGAUGGUAAUUUUAUCACUUCUCAUCUGCAGAACACUCUAAAUAACAACAGCAAGAUCAAUUCCAGGGGCAUCAAGAAUGUCUUCCUCGACUGUAAUAGAAUUCUUGUAGGUUGUACUACCUGCUAUGAACGGCCUGAUCCAAGAAUAAAAGAGUUAACCGAGCAAUUCAUGAUCAGUGCUGGAGACAGCAAUCUCUGCCGACUUUUAUUUGCGGAAGGCUAUUUUUCCUUCGCAGGUUGCUUUAAUGGUAUAAUAUGUUUCUAUGGCGAAUGCGAUUAUGAAUGCGUCCCACACAUAUAUCUGUGGAACCCUGCUGUGAAUCAAUGCAUUAUCCUUCCCAGAACUGCCGACUGGGAAUGGAGUCAUAAUGUUGUAUGCUUUACCUAUGAUCCAGUUACCGAAGAUUACCAAGUUGUACAAAUUUCACAUCAAAUUGAGGUUGGAGUAUUCAAGUUUCAGAUAUAUAGUCUAAGUAACAAUUCUUGGAAACCUUUGAGUUCAGGGAUGCAUCCUCCUCGCAACCAAAUUCUUCACCUGGUUUCAGAGUAUAAUUGGAAUGCAGUUGUAUAUAAUGGAUUUCCCCACUGGCUUGCUAAAGAUAAGAAGGAUUCAACUCUCUUCAUGAACAUAUUGGACAUGAAUCAGGAAAAAAUUCGAGAAAUUUUGCUCCCUGAUAGCUUAUCAAACCAUUCACAUGAUCCUAAUCUGGAACUAUUUCAAGGAUGCCUAUGUAUAACCCAUGGCUGGAAUUUUUCAAAGGUACAUCCAUUUGAAUUGUGGGUGAUGAAAGAACACGGCGAAGACAUUUCUUGGACAAAGCAAAUUGUGAUUUCUGGGGACUCCACUAUCCGUCCUCUACCCCAGAGAAUUACAGGGGUCACAACAAUUGGAAACCUCUUGGCAGCAGUGAAGAAGGACAGGCUUGGUCGAAAUUUUUUGGUUUUAUAUGAUCCAGAGAACCAAAGAGUUGAGGAGCCUAUGCAGAAAGAGUUGGAAAUCCCCCGUGUAUCCGUCACAUACUUGGCGUUUGAUUAUGUACCAAGCUUGGUUAGAUUAAUCCGUUGCUGA